CAUGUCACUGCUGUAUUUUUAUUUAGUUCUUAGGUUGUAAAAAUAGCUUAUUAUCCACACAAAGUACAUGCAUCUUUCUGUUGAGCUGAAUGUUCAUUAAUGGGUUAAGUGUUAUUGUAGUUCCUAGAGGGAGGUACUUCUGGGAACAGGUUGGCUCUAUUCUCUCUACUUCCCUCUUCCAAACAACAACUGCGCCACAGCCUUAAACCAGCCAGACCUUUUAGGUGGAGAGCAAUAGUUUAAGGUUUUUCUUCCACUCCAACAGACACAAGCAGGAGCCGGCAGGAUGUCUGUGACGAUGACCAAGGGCGAGGGGGUCACUGUGUUAACUUUGACCUCUGACCCCCAAAGUGUUCUUCCUCCACUGUGCCAAAUCCUUCGAGGCCUUUGCUACAGCCCCGUGUGCUGCUCUGUGUCUCAGCACCUGAGGAGGGUCCAGAGAAAUUCCCAGUCAGUACUGGGGGUUCUGCACAUUAUGGUCGGGUUGCUCAACAUCGGCCUUGGAGCGAUCCUUCUUUGCAGUCGUGUUUCUGGGUGGGUUUUGAGGGAAAGCGCGUUUCCUUGGUGGAUCGGAGGAUUGAUGAUUUUGUUUGGCAUCAUUGGCAUUGUGUCUGAGAAGUGCCCAAGUCCAUGUCUGGUCAUCGUCAAUGUGAUCCUGAAUCUAGCAGGAGUUGCUUUCUCCAUUGCAGCCAUCGUAGUCUACAGCAUCAAUAUGGCAAACAUAGGCAUGUAUUGGAUGUGUAGGGAAUCUAAUUACAAUUACGAUUACAAUUCACGCUACCGACACGCCACAACUACAACCGAAUCUCCUGGGGACAACUACGUGGCGGAGAAAUGCUUGGAGGGCAGAGAACUGGUUCUGAUGCUUAUGAGAAGCAUGAAUGUUCUGCUGAUUGUCCUGUCGGCCCUGGAGCUCUGCCUCGUCAUCAGCUCUGCCGUUUUGGGGAUCAAGGCUCUGAGGAGCAGGGAGAAGGGAGAAAAGGAGAAGACGGUUGACCCAGAACUCUACAAACCACUGCUGGAGGAAGUCACUAGUCACCCCACAGACUAAAUAACACUCUCUGCUUUGUGCCUUCAGUUACCAGGUACUAUAAACCUGUGCAUCUAUAACAUAGAUUGUACUGUUGCAUUAAUCAUUUACCAAAUUCAGCCUGUACGGUCUCUGCCAAAUUCUGGGUCUUUUACAAUAAGGAUUGCUUUAAGAUAUUUUGCACUUAUAUUAUAGAGCAAUUUUUAAUAACAACCUGAACUAAAUUGUUUAUGCUGCAGUGAAUUUCAUUCUCUGCUGAUGGUUUAAUAAACUGUUCCUGUUGAUUAUGAUUUUCUAUUGAAUAAUGUGCCUUAUGUUCAGCUUGUUUGUAGGUCAAAGGGAGGUUUAUGCACAUGUGUUUGUGAUGGACACACGUUGAUGGACUUAUGGGCCUGUUUGCUAUUUUACAUUAUUAAGCCAUAUUAAAAAAAAGUAAUCAAAACAAUUGAGUGUUGCUUAUAUUUUGGUGUGUUUAUGCUCUUUACUGUAUAUUAAACAAUUGAAUCAGU